AGGACGAGAUAUGAGAGGCGGUGCAUAAACAGUGGGCGAAGAUGGCGUCGAGUAAGAAGGGCGGAGGGACUGGCAGGCUGGAGAGAGUUAUGAAUGGAAGACGCUCAUCUAAAUUCAAAGAAGGUCCUGUUGGUCCUCCGCCUCUUGUCUCACCAGCUGAGCCUGACAUCACCAACCUGAUCAGCAGAGAGGAGGCUGACAUGGACAAAGCAUUGAACUCAGACGCUGUGAUGGACACCCAGGGGGUGUUUGCGGCCCUGUACAGCGUGUGUGAAGAAAAUGUCACUUUCUUCUCGGCCGGGGCCAAGGGGACCCAGGGGGAUGCAGUCCGACGGCUGGUGGCAACCAUGAAGCUGAUCCAGGAGCACGCUCGCAGUCUGGAACCAGUUAUUUCUGGCUUCGCUGCCGUUUAUCACCAUUUCGACUUUGACCCACACAUACCCGCUAAUGGCUACCGCUCGUUGGUGAAGGUUGUGCGUUGCUGUCUUCUCCACAUCAUCCACAAGGGGCGCUACAUAACAGCCAACCGCCGCAGCAUCUUCUUUCGUGUAGCCCACAACGCCGGGGAGAUGGAAGCUUACUGCAGCGCGCUCUGUCAGCUGCGGGCCCUGCUUUACCUGGCCCAGCGAAUGCUCCACGACAACGGCCAUGGCAACCUGUUCUUCCAGGAUGAGAGUGGACUCAGUGAGAGUUUUGUGCGGGAAUAUGCCUCCAUGCACAAAGGAUGUUUCUAUGGGCGCUGCCUGGGCUUUCAGUUCACUCCAGCCAUCCGGCCUUGUCUUCAGACCAUCGCUAUCGGGCUUGUGGCGUUUGGAGAAAACUAUAAGCGCCACCAGUCAGGAAUAGGUGUGGCAGCCAGCUCUUUUUUUACCUCUGGGAAGUACGCCAUAGACCCGGAGCUGAGAGGGGCAGAGUUCGAACGGAUCACUCAGAACCUGGAUGUGCAUUUCUGGAAGGCCUUCUGGAACAUCACAGAGACGGAGGUUCUGUCGAGUCUUGCCAGUAUGACCUCUACUCAAGUCAAGGUGAACAGAGCACUCUCCGUUCCUCCUGUGGCCUUCGAUCUUCCUCUAGCUGCCAACCACAGAAUGUCGGUGACGAUAAAGCCACCUUCUGCGCACAUCGGCACUGCUCCUGUUCAGAUGAGACUCAUAUCUUAUGAGUUGCGUGAAGGACAGGACAGUGAAACCCUGCUAUCUCUGUGUCGAUCUGAGGGAGGUGCUAUUUCUCUAUCCCUGGGGUUGAAGACCAAGCGCCUCCCUUCUUCUCCCUGCCUUUUGAUCCACUUCCAUGGGGGAGGCUUUGUGGCCCAGACCUCAAAAUCCCAUGAGCCUUAUUUGAAGAGCUGGUCCCAGGAUCUUGGUGUUCCUAUCCUGUCAGUGGAUUACUCUCUGGCCCCUGAAGCCCCCUUCCCACGGGCACUGGAGGAAUGUUUCUAUGCCUACUGUUGGGCUUUAAGAAACCACCAUCUACUUGGAUGGACAGGAGAGAGAGUGUGUUUGGCUGGUGACAGCGCUGGAGGCAACUUAUGUGUGACCACUUCGAUGCGUGCCGCUGAGGCUGGUGUGCGGAUGCCGGAUGGCAUCGUGGCGGCCUACCCGGCUACGCUGCUGACGGCCUACGCAUCGCCCUCCCGCCUGCUCACACUUAUGGACCCCCUGCUGCCGCUCAGUGUGCUCUCCAGGUGUCUCAGUGCCUACGCAGGUAAUGAGCCGCAGCCUGAGAAGCAGGUAGAAAAAGUGAGCACGUUGAGCCUGGUGAGGAGAGAUACGGCGCUGCUGCUGCGAGAUUUCCGACAGGGAGCCUCCAACUGGAUCCAAUCUCUGCUGGAUCCCAGCAGAGCGUCAGCCUCCUCCAACACAGCUGCCGAGACAACACCAGCAGCCGCCGAUACGCCCACAACCGAUACGGUGAGGAAAAGUGUCUCGGCGGCUUCGAUCAACUCUCCUCACGCCGACCCGCCUGUUCCCAACAAGCCAUCGCAGCUCCCCAGCAGGAAAUUAUCUGUGAAGAGCAAGACGUGCCAGGACUUGGGCUCCCACAGCAGCUCCGUCCUCCAGAGUCCCUCGCUGAUGUCUGAGCACACUGUAGAAGAUGUGAGUUUCUUCCUCUCCGGGGACGGUGACCCCUCCAUGUCCGAUGACCUGUCCUCCGUAGCCAUUCCACCCCCUGUUGGAGGGGAAGGAUCAGAGCUGGAGCACCCCAGGGAGUUUCCGCUGGGCUUUGAGCCUCUACGCUCGGAGCAGCUCGCUGAAAUGAAGAUGCAGACCUCUCCAGUGGUCAAGGAUCCUUUCUGCUCACCUCUGUUGGCUCCUGACAGCAUGCUGAAGGGGCUGCCGCCUGUAAACAUAGUGGCGUGUGCGUUGGACCCCAUGCUGGACGACUCGGUCAUGUUUGCCAAGCGUCUGAGAAGCGUAGGGCAGCCCGUCACUCUGUGCAUCGUGGACGACCUCCCCCACGGCUUUCUCAGUAUAUCACACCUCUCCAAGGAGACCAGGGAGGCCGCAAACAUCUGCGUGGAGCGAAUCCGCUCCGUCUUCAACCAGAAAGACACGCCCCCAGAGCCACGCAAGCACCGCAAGCUGGAGCGGACCGAUGGGGGGGAACUGGCACCUUGUGGGGAAAAUGGUGCUCUCCUCACCCGACCUAUUGGGGACGCAGAGGCAGCUGUCGGGAAGGGGGCUAAGAUUUCUGAUGGGGAGGGCUCUGUUACUGUGGCAGCCCAGAAUAACACUGAUGCUGGCGGCAUCGGUGCUUAAAUGAGGUUUUGGGGGGGGGCACUGCAGUUCACCAAAAGAGUGAAAAGAGAGAGAGUUGAUGAAAGUCAGACUGAUGUAGGCAGAGCAAAGCUUCUAUGAGAACAAAGGAAAAAAAAAAACAUGCAAGAAACAGAAGGGUGGGAGGGGGCAGCCUAAAAAAAAAUGCUCAGUGUUUAAAAGAUAAAUAAAAGGGGUGGGGCGCUUAAAUGUAUUUAAUCUCAACACUACGAACACACCCACAAAAAAAGGCAGUCAUGUUUCAGGAUGGGAUGACGAUUUCAAAGAUCCUCAGAUCAAAGAUCAGCACACCCCCACAUACACACAGCAGAGCACGCGUACCUAACGGAGCCGCUGUCGGGCAGCCCAGACAUAAAGCAGCGCCGAGCUCUCCUAAGACGACGCCUGAAUGGGUGAUUCAUCUGGGCCGAGGCAGGCCCUAAUCAGAUAGCAGUGGACACACUGUAUGCUUCUGUGUGGAGGCAUCCGCAACAACGAGGCCACUUGUCCUUUAGGAAUACUCUCUAAAUCACACUUAAUAACUCCACAUUGUCUUCCCCAUUAUGCCUGUUUGGCAUUACCUUGUAGGAAGUAACUAUGUUUUCUCUCACCAAAUAGAAUAAUGAGGCUAACCAAGCCAAAGGCUCCAAACUAAAGAAAAAUAUUCAAACUGUGGCUGUUUUUUAAAACCUUAUUUUAAACUCUAUGCAGGGCUGUUUUUAUUAUUUAUGUCUAGUUAUAUUCCCUGAGUUUUGGCUGCUGUAAUUUGUUUUAAUGUCUUCUAAAGUUUUAAAUUUAUUUUAAAAACAUAUUUGUUUCAAUUUCCAACCAUAAUCCUCUUUGUAUUCCAUUGGGAUUAUAACUUACGGUCAAUAGGAAACUUAAGUUUAUAGAGUGCAAGGAAUAAGGUGAUGGAACAGAUCAUAUUAGUUUUAUCUGCAACAGCUUCUAAAGCUGUGCAACAUUUUCUUUCCAUUUGAAAAAAAAACAUCACAAUAUGUGUGACAAAAAUGUGACAAAAAAAAAAAAUCAAGGGGUAUUUAUAGCAGAGCAAGGCUCUUUAAAGAUGUGCUUCUUUAGGCUGAACCACUGACUUCUCUGGCUCUUUCAAUGGGGGUGCAGUGAACAGUAAGAGAAGGCGAUGAAUAUUCCAAUCCAGACACAAAGUUCUAUUUUGACAUUUGCAGUGCGGUAUUAGUAAUGCAGAGAAUAAAACUUAAGAUGCCUUCAAGUGAAAGCAAGAAAAAAAAAGCUCUGAAAUUUCCUCAAGUCAUGUUUUUUUGCAUUUCUUUCCUUGAUGAAGCGUUUUAAUCAUUUCAGAGUAUCAGGAUCGGAAACAGUUGCUUGGUAUCCACACCCUGAAUAGAAAUGGAGUUAAUCUGUGGAACUGUUAAGAAAAAAAAAAUCUCAGCUUUCCAUACACGUUUUUAACAUGAUGACACUGCUUUUCUUGUGAGUUGUCAGAUUUUCUCUACUGGUGUCAGUGUCCAACCUAAGCCUCCUCCAGCCCAGGGAUUUAUGACCCGACAGCUUGUUUGUUUUCAUAACAAGUCAGAGGCUUUUAGGCAAAUCUUGAAAACCCUUGCUGUGAAAAAAAUAAAAAAUAGCAAAAAAAAA